AUGCUUUACAGAUCUGUCACUGCUGCUGCGCUAUUAGCGCCAUCGGUCCUGGCAAGCCCGACAUCUAAUGGUCAGAACCACACGUGCAAGAAGACGAAGGUCGCCAUCCUCGGUGGCGGCGUGGCUGGUGUUACAGCUGCUCAAUCGCUGAGCAACCAUUCCAUUGAUGACUUUGUCAUCCUCGAAUACAACGGCGAAAUUGGUGGUCGCGUGAAACAUACAACGUUCGGAAAAGAUGCGUCUGGAAAGCCGUUGACUGUUGAACUUGGUGCCAACUGGGUACAGGGGUUGGGAACGACAGGCGGACCGCAAAAUCCAAUAUGGACUCUGGCACAAAAAUAUGGCGUGAACAAUACCUACUCGAAUUACAGCUCUAUCUUGACCUACGACGAAACUGGCUACUCGGACUAUACGAGUCUCUUUGACGAUUUUGAAAAUGCAUAUUCGGUCACGGAACAGCUGGCCGGAACUAUUCUUACAGAUAGUCUUCAAGAUUUAAACACUCGUGCCGGUCUCACCCGCGGUGGCUGGAAGCCAAAGAAGGACAUGAAGGCCCAGGCGAUAGAGUGGUGGGAAUGGGAUUGGGAGUAUGCCUAUGAACCGGAAGUAAGCUCUUUGCUUUAUGGAAUCGUGAACUAUAAUACCUCAUUCUAUCAGUGGUCCGAUGAAAACAACUAUGUCUGGGACCAGCGCGGCUUCAAUACCUGGAUAAAAAACGAAGCAAGCACAUUUUUGGGAAAAAAUGACCCGCGUUUACAUCUCAAUACUAUAGUCACCAACGUUACCUACAGUGACACCGGAGUGACGGUUACUGACAGCAAGGGCGGCUGUGUCGAGGCCGAGUACGCGAUUUGCACUUUCUCACUCGGUGUUCUUCAAAACGACGCUGUGUCGUUCGAGCCCGAAUUCCCAAUCUGGAAACAAGACAGCAUCGAUACCUUCGACAUGGGUACCUACACCAAGAUCUUCCUGCAGUUUCCACCAGACAAAGUCUUCUGGCCAAAGGACACGCAAUAUUUCCUCUACGCUGACCCUGCUGAACGUGGCCGGUAUCCGGUAUUCCAGUCACUUGACGCCCCGGGCUUCCUCGAGGGAUCCGGCAUAAUCUUCGUCACCGUGGUACACGACCAGUCAUACCGCGUUGAAGGCCAGAGUGAUGAGAAGACCAAGGACGAGGUCAUGGCAGUACUACGUGACAUGUACGGCGCCGACAACGUGCCAGAUCCGAUUGAUUUCAUGUAUCCUCGUUGGAGCCUGGAACCAUGGGCUUAUGGCAGUUAUUCCAAUUGGCCGUGGGGCGUCACACUCGAAAUGCAUCAGAACCUGCGCGCCAAUGUCGGUCGUCUGCAUUUUGCCGGCGAGGCGACUAGCGCAGAAUAUUUUGGAUUCUUACAGGGAGCUUGGUAUGAAGGGCAAAAGGCGGGAGAAAUUGUGGCUGGCUGUUUGAAAGGCGCCAAAGAUAGCAGCUGUGUCCAAGAUAAGCAUUAUGCUCCCUUGCAUGGCAGUACUGCGGUCAGCGAGUAUGAUGUGCAGAAUGGGUGGACCGUGACGAGCUUCCAGACCAACGGGUUUUAG